UAAGCAUGGGACUGGCUUAUCCCUAAUCGUUCGAUUAGUAUCGUAAUGGCCUUGAUCGUAAUUGAAAAAUAUUAUCGUAUCUCAUCCCACAGUGCAAAAUCAAUACCACCGCAAACGUCUCAUGCGCGCAAGGCUCAUUAAGGGGUUUCAAAAUCAACUUAUUUUUUAAUGACGUCAUCAAUACAGAAUGCAAAAUGGUAUUUAUCAGUCAAAACCCUUUGAAAAAAUGCAAUAUAGCAUGAAAUUGACAGAUUUGGAUUAAUUCGAAAAAAACGUCUACUUAGAAGAAUCAAAAUGAUAUGAAUCUCGAAUAAAAAUUCGAGUCAGGCUGGUUUGGUCCAAGAUGUUUGGUCCAAGAUUGUUUGACGCUAUUUCGAAGCGAGGGGAUCAAAGAAUACCCAAACCUUGAAUAAAAAACACAUCUUGAAGUCUUGAAUUGUUUACAUAAGUUCAAGAAGCAAAUGAGAAGUGAGAAGGACCUGAAGUCUGAGUCGAAACCGAGCUCUGAAGACCGGAAGAAAGGGAGGAGCACAGGAUUUUGGAGUUCUCUGAGGUUUUCUGGUCGCCCCUUGCCGCGAUGCUGGCCAGAAGCUGUUGGCGACAUCUGGGCGGCCGCCCGGUCAGCUCUGCCCUCCGGUCCGUCCGUCAGCUGAGCGGCGGUCCCACUCACUGGAUGUACCCGCUGACCGGGCGAGGUCUGGUGCGCGUGCGGGGACCGCAGGCGGUGCCUUUCCUCCAGGGACUCGUCACCAACGACAUGCGCCACUUCGAGGACGGUGCUCGAGCCAUGUAUGCCAUGAUGCUCAACAACAAGGGUCGCGUGCUGUUCGACCUGCUGAUCCACCAACACGAUGAUGACGGCAGCUUCUUCCUCGAGGUGGACCGAUCGAUGACCUCCAAGCUGCAGAGCAUGCUGAAAAUAUACCGGGUGCGACGCGCCAUCGAGAUUGACGACGUGACAGAGCAGACGGCCGUGUUUGUGGUACAGGAGGCGGCCGGUGCCGACGACGGCGGUCUGUCCGCCGUCCAGUGCACAGAGCACGGCGCCUCGCCGCACGCCACGGGGCCGCUGGGACUGCCGCUGCAGCCGGCCCAGGGUCUGAUCUCGGCGUCCCGGGACCCCCGGCUGGCUGCGCUCGGCUGGCGCCUGCUUCUGGACGCGUUCACCCUGCCGCGAGACGUGCUGCCGACGGCCAGGACCGGUCCGGAUCCGCGGCCGCUGCGCUACCGCCUGGGCGUGGCUGAGGGCGCCGACGAGGUGCCCUACGCCGCCUGCACGCCGCUCGAGUACAACGCCGACUACCUGCACGGCGUCAGCUUCCACAAGGGCUGCUACGUGGGUCAAGAGCUGACGGCACGCACACACCACACGGGAGUAAUCAGGAAGCGGGUGAUGCCGCUGCACUUCUCGCGGCCUCCCGGAGACGCGGCUGUGGGUGCGGCGGUGCGCGGCGCCGGCGCUGGACGGCCGCUGGGCAGAGUGCUGGCCGUCAGUGGGCCGGACGGUAUCGGCCUGAUGCGGGUGGCGGAGUGCCUGGCGGCGCCCGAGCUGACGCUGGAAGAUGACGGUUGCGUGGUGACCACCCAUCGGCCGGACUGGUGGCCACAGGAGGCCGCCAAAGACCCGCAGAACAGAACCGGCUGAUAACCGCGGAUCCAAUCCCUCCAGCAGUCCAGUCGGCCGCCUGAGCGGCGGUGUCCCCCUCCCCCUCCCCCUCCCCCCUCCAGCAGCCCAGUUGGCUGACUGAGUGGCGCAGCUCUGUUCCUGCAGACGGGUUUAAUUGUGUUUACUCUGAUGCUGGUCAGCUGACGGCGGCGAGAAGCUUCCAGCCUCCGAUCCGUCAGCUUACACGGUUUUGGUUUACUCGGCGCCAGCGGUGAUAUUUGCCGAGUAGAGCAUAGCCAUCUGGUCCGAAUACGUGCUGUAUUCUCUUGUAUUGUGACGUCAGCUUGCUGGUCUGCUAUGUGUCCAGUUAGGGGCUACAGUAAUCCGCUGUUAACGCUUUCUAUUAAGAGUGAUGUUGGCAUCCUGGGCCGAAUACGCAUCACUGCGUAAGCCGGCACCGUGUCGCCGGUGGGCUGUCUGUGGCCUGGUGUAAUAUGUUCAAUGGGCUGUGGCGGUUGGGUAGUCUGUGUCUUGUGCAUUGUUUCCCAUGGGCAGUCUGUGCCGUGCAGUUUGCCCAGGUAGUCUGUUCUGGUGCAGUUUGUCCAGUAGGUAGCAUGUUCUGAGUCCUAGUGCUGUGUUUGGUUGAUAGUCUGUCCUGUACAGGGUCCAGUGCGGUGGCUGUGUUUCGAUACAGUCAGACCGCAGCUCGAGUUCUGGGGAGGCUAUCCGCUUUAGCUGUUAGUUGCAAGUCGCAGCAGUCAGCUGUUUUAGGCAGAGUUCGCUGCAUGUUGAUGCUGUUAGUUGCAGGGGGUAUCGGUUCAGCUCGGCCCUUAUCAGCAAUGCCGUACAAUUGUGUGGCAUUAUCAAGACUACGAACAAUUCGAAUGUCGAACGCUUGCCUGUGUGUGCAAUACCUUUGUUAAUUAAGUUAUGGAAUUAUAAUAAAAGUGCUCGAGCAACA